AUGCAAACCCAACAGCCUCCUCUCAUCAAACCAGCUCCCCAGCCUGCCAGCGACCCCGCUCAUGGUGCUGCUAUUAUCUUUCUCCAUGGCCUUGACGACGAUGCCAUGGGUUGGGAGAACAUAGCCACACAGUUCCAUGACGGAAACAAGCUCCCAUAUAUGCAAUGGGUCUUUCCGAACGCACCACAUAACAUGGACGCCAGGCAGAAUGCAUGGUACACACCCUCAUCAUUGAAUCCACCUCCUGCUGGUCGUCCGGAAUUGGCGCCUGAUGAAGAUGAAGAAGGCCUGAUCAAGAGCGUGAAAUAUGUCGAAUCGCUCAUCGACGAUCUGACAUCCCGAGGUAUACCGCCAAACCGUAUAGUCCUCGGAGGCUUCUCCCAAGGCUGCGCUCUUGCGUUGCUCACAGAACUCACAUCAUCUUACGCUGGGAAGCUCGCUGGCAUCGUCGGUUUGAUGGGCUACCUACCCUUACCCGAGACAAUCCAAAAGCUACGUACCGAGGCAGGAUUGCCGCAUGUUGUCGGACACGUGCCCAUGUUCUUAGGGCGCGGAGAGUCGGACAGACUGGUUCCGCGUAGCAAAUGGACAGAAGGAUUGAACAAACUCAAAGAGUUGGGCGUGAACGAUGGGGCGAUGGAGAUCAAGGAGUAUGAGGGCUUGGCGCAUGCGUUGUCGCCAGCUGUCCUGCAGGAUUUGAGUAAAUGGCUGGAGAGAGUGGUGCCAAAGUUGGAGGAUUGA